AUGGCUCACCACGCGGGUCCCGUUCACGGGCCUCCAAAGCAGUUCGUGUUGUGUUUCGAUGGCACAGGAAACAAAUUUGCCGGCGAUGAAUCUGAUAGCAACGUCUUGAAAAUAUUUCGCGUAUGUUGCCCUUCUCUCGUCUUCCUCCCCGAAGAUGGCAGGUCACUGACCAACGAUAUGCAGAUGCUGGAUCGCAGCCAGCCGCACCAGUACCAUUACUACCAGCCCGGCAUAGGAACCUAUGUGACCUCGAAAUCGCUGUCGAGCCAUGGGCGCAUCCAGCGCAUCAAGUCCGCUUAUCAGAAGGCCAAGGACUCGGCCAUUGGCUCCUCCUUUGACGAGCACGUCAUGGGCGGGUACAAGUUCCUGAUGCGAUACUAUUCUCCCGGCGACGAGAUCUAUUUCAUCGGCUUCAGUCGCGGCGCGUACAUCGCGCGUUUCCUGGCCGAGAUGCUCGACUAUAUCGGCCUGCUCGAGGCCGGUAACGAGGAACUAAUCCGCUUCGCCUGGAAGACAUUCGCCAAGUGGCAGCAACGCCUGGGCGACACUGAGGAGGAGAAGGAGGAGAAAAAGAAGCUCUUCUCCUACAUGAAGGCAUUCCGCGAGACCUUCAGUCGCCCGAUCUCGCGUAUCCGCUUUAUGGGUCUCUUUGAUACUGUCAACAGCGUCCCUCGCUUCGAGAAUGCCUGGAUGCAGCGUAGCAAGUUCCCGUACACGGCACGCAGCACAGCGCGCGUCAUCCGCCACGCAGUGGGCAUCGACGAGCGUCGCGCCAAGUUCCGACAAGACCUGAUCUCGGGCCCACGGCCGCACGACCAUAAGAAUAAGCUGCACCGGCACCGUCCACACGUCGCUCCGCACCGUCUGGAGAACCAUCUUGCCCGCCAUGUCGAUGCCAACCACCACUUGCACAUCCACCACCAGGACCACCGCGAGACGAUGGCGGACCCAGUCCCUGCCAUUACCGUCAACGAUAACGCCCAGUCACCGCAGACCGAGACCGCGCCGCCGGCUGUGCCAAGCUUUAACGACCCAAGCUGGGGACCUGGUCCCGGCGAGACCUACUACCACUCGCACAACACCUCUCACCCCGGCAGUCGCCCGGCAAGUCGCCAGGGCAGCGAGGCGAACCUCGGGGAGCCAGCUCGAUACCGAGCUCCCUCUCCGCGACGAACCAGCCUGGCCCCUCCCGGGGCGAACCAGUCCGUCGAUGACUGUGCUUCCAUGCGCAGUGGCCAUUCCGGCAACGUCUCGAUCCAAAUUCCCAGCCACGACGGCUAUGACAGUGACGAGGAGGAUCAGGAUAUCCACGAAAUUUGGUUCCCGGGCUGCCAUGCGGACAUCGGUGGCGGCUGGAAGCUGAAUACCGCCAAGGACGAGAAGUGGGCGCUGAGCCACGCGCCGCUUGUGUGGAUGGUACAGGAGGCACAGAAGGCCGGGCUCGAACUCGAUCCGCGCAAGAUGAAGCAGUUCCAGUGCCUGGAGGAGUUCGAUGGCGACUACAGCCCCAUCCAGGAGGAAAUUGACGCGCGCCGGUUAAGCCAGGCGAACGCCUGUCUGGACGGCCACGGACAGGCUGACGAGGAGUUCCGCACCAUGCCGGACGAGAAGCAGCGCUCCGCAGCGAGUCGCGACUUCUGGCAUGCGCUGCAUACUUCCAGCACCAAGGGCCUGCUGCACGAUUGUCUGAUGUUUGACCAGGGCUUACCGCCGUUGUCAGUUAUUUCGUGGCGCAUCAUGGAGUGGCUGCCGUUCCGGCGGAUGGAUCUGCAGUCGGACGGCUCGUGGAAGCCGAUCUGCUGGCCGCUGCCGCGCGGCGAGGUGCGCGAUGUGCCGCUCGACGCCGAGAUUCACGUCUCGGCAAUCCGCCGCAUGCAGGCGGAUCCGAAGUACCGGCCUGGUAAUGUCAUUGUCGGCGGUGGUGGGCGUGGUGUACGGUUCGCACCGGAGGACAUUGGGAUGGGCGAGUGGGUCGUUCUCAAGCAUGAGGGCGAUGGGGUACGCGAAACCUAUGUGCGCAAGAGCGAGGCGAGCAAGUGCCGCGAGAAGGAAGAGCACAAGAAACAUCACGACCUCUAG